GACUCUCGCUGCAACUAGGAAGGGAGAUGCUAGAAUCAGGAGAAGGUCCGCCAUUAUCGGGAAGCUGGAAAAAAAAACUCGACUUGAACACAACGUCACACAUUUAUCCUGCGCGAGCCUCGACAACAUCAGAAAGAAGAGCACGGCGGCUUGUCUGAGAGCAGCCCCGCUCUGAAAACAACCCUUUAGUGCAACGAGCUCGGAUUCGUGUUCCUUGCGGACUCCCUUUUUAUUUGAGACACAACAAAGGAAGUAAUAAUCGGUGAAAACAACGUGGUGCUGGUGAACCAAGACGGGGAAAACACACCGAAACAGGGCUUUCCAACGCCUCCUCCUCCUCUGCUUUUCUCUCUCCAGCCGUUGUGAAAGAACGGGAGUUUGGGAAUUUUUCCCUCCUCUCUCCCUUUCUCUCGCUUUCUUUUUUGUUGUUCGAGCACAUUUUUUGUUUUCCACGUAACGAAGAAAGGCAAAGAAAACCCGCAUUGUUUCUAAAGAACUUCACUUAACGUGGGACGCGAUGGCCAGGCAGCGUGUAUACUAGAAAAAACGGGGAAAUGUCGAUGUGAUUAUUUUUAAUUGUUUAAUUUUUUUUUGUGUGUGCGGAGAAGAGGUCUGGUUUAUAAAAAAAAAAAAAAAAGUCUUACCGGUCGCAGAUAGAAGAGGAGAGAAGAGCUGGAGAGACAGGAAUGAUAUGGACUGAACCCCAGCCCUGUGAGCUCCUCUUGCAUGGAAACCCUGCUUCCCUGCCAUCUCCUCUUCUCCCUAGAGCAAGAAGCCAGCAUGGCAGGAUGAGCCUCUGCCAGCGAUAAUGAUGGCCAAAAAACAAGAUGCCCGGGCACCUGUCUAUAACCUGGUUGUGGUUGGGUUGUCCGGGACAGAGAAGGAGAAAGGCCAAUGUGGUGUGGGCAAGUCCUGCCUGUGUAACCGCUUUGUUCGGCCAAGUGCUGAUGACUUUUACCUGGAUCACACCUCUGUUUUAAGCACCAGUGACUUUGGAGGCCGUGUAGUAAACAAUGAUCACUUCCUGUACUGGGGAGAGGCAGUAAGGACAAUGGAGGAGGGGUCUGAAUGCCGCAUGAAUGUGGUGGAGCAGACAGAGUUUAUUGAUGAUCAGACGUUCCAGCCACACCGUAGCACGGCACUUCAGCCUUACAUAAAGAGGGCAGCUUCCAGCAAACUGGCAUCAGCUGAAAAGCUGAUGUACUUUUGCACAGAUCAGCUGGGACUGGAGCAGGACUUUGAGCAAAAACAAAUGCCUGAAGGAAAGCUUGUGGUGGAUGGCUUCUUACUUAGUGUUGAUGUUAGCAGGGGUAUGAACCGUAGCUUUGAGGAUCAGAUGAAGUUUAUUUCCAACCUGUAUAACCAGGUAGCCAAAACGAAGAAGCCUGUGGUAAUUGUUCUCACUAAAUGCGAUGAAGGAGUUGAGCGCUAUAUCAAAGACUGUCAUGCUUUUGCUCUUGCCAAGAAGAACCUACAGGUGGUAGAAACAUCAGCACGUUCAAAUGUCAACGUUGACCUGGCAUUUCUCACACUGGUUCAGCUCAUUGACAAGAGCAGGGGAAAACCCAAGAUCAUCCCUUACUACGAGGCACUGAAACAGCAGAGUCAACAGAUUGCUUCAGCCAAAGAUCGCUAUGAAUGGCUGGUCAACAAAAUUGUGAAGAAUCAUAAUGACACUUGGCCAUUUGUCAAUCGUAUCAUGAAAACAGACUCCGAGUACAAAGACUAUGUAUUUUUUGAGGGAACAGCUAAAGCCAAGAAGCUCUUCCAGCAGCAUGUACACAGACUUAAACAAGAACAUAUAGAAAAACGCAGGAAGGCCUAUUUAAGUACUCUACCGCAAGCCCUAGCUGUACUUCUGCCAGAUUUGAAUGAAAUAGACCAUGUAAGCUGGUCUGGAGUUCAGAAAGUCCUGGAGGCAAAGAGAGAUUUCUCUCACUGGUUUAUAGUGCUAGAUGAUACUCCUUGGGAGACCACACCCCACAUCGACAAUAUGGAGGAUGAUCGAAUUCCCCAAGAUCUCCUGGAGACCCCAGCAGCUCAAAAUAUUUAUGAAACUCAUCUAGAGCAGCUACGAACUGAGCGCAAACGGGCUGAGAUGAGGUGGGAGUUCAAGGAAAUGCUAAGUGUAUCUCCUGACAUCACACCAGGGAAACCAUGGGAGGAGGCCCGAACUUCGAUCAGGAAUGAAGACUUCUACCAAUGGCUAGAUGAAGCAGAAUAUUUGGAUAUCUACAACAAACACCAGAAGGAAAUCAUAGACCGGGCAAAAGAAGACUUUCAGGAGUUGCUUCUGGAAUACUCUGAGCUUUUUUAUGAGCUAGAAGUAGAUGCAAAACCAAGUAAAGAGAAAAUGGCAGCCAUCCAGGAAGUGUUGGGCGAGGAACAGAGAUUUAAAGCUCUACAAAAGCUGCAAGCAGAAAGAGAUGCUCUAAUACUGAAACAUAUCCAUUUUGUUUACCAUCCGACAAAAGACACUUGUCCCAACAACCCCCAUUGUGUGGACAGUAAGAUAGAACAGAUACUGGCCUCCAGAUUCCCCACCCGAUACCCAUCAUCAGACAGUUCAAGGCCCGAGGGGGGGCGGGCUGAACGCAUAAAUCUCGUUAUUCUUGGAAAGAAUGGACUAGCCAGAGACAUGGCAAAUGAGAUAAGAGCAUUGUGCUCCAGUGAUGAUCGGUACGUGCUAGACUGCAAAAUGUAUGAGUUAGCGCUUCGUCCCAUAGAAGGCAAUGUACGUCUACCAGUAAAUUCAUUUCACACACCUACUUUCACACCCCAUGGCUGCUUGUGUUUGUACAAUUCACGGGAAUCCCUUUCAUAUGUUGUUGAGAGUUUAGAGAAGCUUAGAGAGUCAACUAUAAGCAGAAGAGAAAGAGAAAGUAGCUUAGCUCAACUCCCGUUGUCCCUCCUUCUUGUUACAAAGAGGGGUGUGGGGACAAUAGGGGAUAUUGGAGGGGAAACUGCACAAACGCUUACACAUCAAGGGCAGCAGGUGGCUCUAAAGUUGCAGUGUGCCUACCUAGACCCUGCCUCUCCAGGCAUGGGUUAUGGUCGCAAUAUUAGUGAGAAGCAGAUUAACCAGAUGCUAAGGAACCUCUUAGAAACACGGAGGAACAAUGGGAGUGGCUCUCCUAUUUUACUUCCUCCAUCAUCUGCCUUCAGAGACUCUCAGUCCCAGCCAAUGCUUGAAGCAGAUCUCAGGAUAGUUGUGUGCCUGAUGUGUGGAGACACCUAUGAUCUAGACCAAUUGCUAGCUCCCUUUCUUUUGCCCCAUCAUUGUCGUCCUGCAUCCAGCCUAAACAGUGGAACAUCGGUUAUUCUGGAUCUUAAUAUAGGAGGUCAGCGACAGAAUGUUGAGCUGUCUCUGCUCUCAUUUCAUUCAUCGUUCUCCCUCCGCAAAACUGGCCUGGUCCAUGGCUUCAUUACGGUUUACUCUGCUCGCCGCAGGGCCUCUAUGGAGACUAUGUGUGCUUUCCUCUGUGAGGUCCAAGACAUCAUUCCCAUCCAGUUGCUAGCAGUAGCAGAGAGUCAGAUGGAGCUAACAGACUCUGACUCAGCCAAGGAGCAAGUCAGCCAGGGAGAGGAGCUGGCCAGUGAAAUAAAUGCCAGAUUUAACACAGUAAUUUGUGGACAUGGUGGUGUAGUAGGGGGCCUUCAUAAAAUAGAUCUUUUCCAAUCUUUCUUUAAAGAAGUCCUGGAGAAGCGCACUGUUGUCGAGGCCACUCACAUGUAUGACAAUGCGGCUGAGGCAUGCACCAAUGAGAGCAUCAGCCCACGCUGUGGUUCCCCGAGUCCCGUCAACAUGCUUAUGGACUCGGAGGAUGAUAUUGAUCCAUCACCACCUUACCCUUCUAUUAGGGAAAGUGGUGGUCUUAUGGGAAACUUCAAGCUGCCAGAUCUGGAUUCAAGUGAAACAUUCUCUGUUAUUUCUGAGCUUAGCGCUUUUGAGAGCAAGCUGAACAACAAGGUUCCUCCGCAAGUGAAGCCCAAGCCUAUUCGUAAGGUCAAUCUUGGCCCCUACAUGGACCAGCAAGGAGGCACCAACCGACCUUCUUUGCCCCAAGCCGUCUCCUGGGCACCUGGUACUGAUGGUGGCUACGACCCCUCGGACUAUGCAGAGCCUAUGGAUGCUGUGAGCAAACCUAGAAUAACAGAAGAGGAUGACAUUUAUUCUGUUCCUCACGAUAGCACACAAGGCAAAAUUAUCACCAUCCGCAAUGCCAACAAAGGUCACGCCAAUGGAAGUGCUGCAGGAAACGGGUCGGACAGUGAGGCCGAUAGCAGCUCUCUGGAGCGAAGGCGAAAGAUGUCUGCUAUUGCUGUGAAGCCUAAGCUGUACAGGGACAGAUCCAAACGGCUUGGGAAGUUCAGCAGUUUUAGGACAAGCUUCUCACUUGGCAGUGACGAUGAGAUGGGGGGUCCACCCAGGACUGGCCAGGACGAGGGAGGACCUCAGAAAGAAUCAACCGAGGAGAGCGAGGAUCAUAAAAAAAUUAAUAUUCUCUGGAGCCUGCGCAGAAAUACAAAGAAACAAACGCGAUCCAAACCCAGGCAUUCCAGCUCUAAACCACCUGAAAGCAACUACUUUGGCAUGCCGCUCUCUGCAGUGGUCACUCCUGAGAGGGUGAUCCCAGUCUUCAUAGAGAAAUGCAUCCGUUUCAUCGAGACGACCGCAGGACUGAGCACGGAGGGAAUCUACAGGGUCAGCGGGAACAAGGCAGAGAUUGAGAGCGUGCAGCGACAAUUUGAACAAGACCACAAUCUGGACCUGGUGGAGAAAGACUUCACCAUCAACACAGUCGCAGGCGCCAUGAAGGCCUUUUUCUCCGAGCUCCCUGAUCCUCUGGUGCCCUACAGCAUGCAGACUGAGCUGGUUGAGGCCUUCAAGAUCAACGAUCGGGAGCAGCGCUUCCACGCGAUGAAGGAUAUCCUGCGACGCUUUCCCAAGGAGAAUUACGAGCUCUUCAAAUAUGUCAUCAGCCAUCUGAACAAAGUGAGCCAGAGCAGCAAGUUGAACCUGAUGACCAGCGAGAAUCUGUCCAUCUGUUUCUGGCCCACCCUCAUGAGACCAGACUUCACCACCAUGGAUGCUCUGACCGCCACCCGCACCUACCAGACAAUCAUCGAGAGCUUCAUCCACCAGUGUUCCUUCUUCUUCUACAAUCAGCCCCUGCCCGAUGGUCUCACCGGCUCCCCCAACUCCACACUGUCCGGGGGAGGCACCUCCGCCUACUCCUGCAUGGCCGGAGGUUACUCGCCCUCGCCAGCUCCAUCCCCGGCUCCUUACGUCCUCCCCGCCAUCCCACCUGUCAUCCCACAUUACGGUCCUCCUCUCCACCACCACCACCACCAUCAGUAUCAGUCCCCGUCACAUUCCCCACCUCCGACUCCCCAGUCCCCAAUCCCAGCCCUGCUGCCACCCUCUCUGCACCCCCAUCACCCCCCAGCUGAACAACACAUGCUGUGAACCAGGGAUUAAGGGAACGAGAGAAUUAAAAAAUUAAAAAAUUGAAAAAGCUGGCAGAUAGUGGUGUGAUUAAAGGGUUAAGGAUGAGACUGAAGGAAGUGAUUAAAGGAGGAACUGGGGAGAGGAAGUGAAAUUAGGGAGAGAUGCAGUUUGUGCAGGGUCUGAGAAGACAGAGGCGUAUGAGCCUCUGCUGCUUUCAGGAGGGGAGGGGAAAAAGAGCGGACAAGCGCUCGGGCCAGGAAUGUGGAAUAAUCAGGAGCCUCUGAACUGGUGGUAUGAUGUUCCUCCCUCCCCAUCACUUCAUCCUUUUGUCACACGUCAUCCAGGCCUGCCCUCACUGCCUUACAGCCACACAGAGUUGUUGACGGGGCGCAGGAAGGAACUACGAGGUGCAACAUGACGGGUGUGUGCACGCUGUUCCACUGCUUCACUUCUGCAUACAUGACACUAACGUCCAGUGGAGGUUCAGGGACCAGUUCUGUAGGCCAGCCCACCUGCUGCUCCAACCCUGAGACUGGAAGGCAAGUCCAGAGCUCGUGUUUGUUUGCUUCACCACUGCACAGAGACGACUUGUGCAAGAAACACGUUUUACUGCUCACCCGACAGGAUGUUCUGUCCCCGGCGACUUCCAAAUUCCUUUCUGUCAACCCCUCUCUCACACACACACACACACACACACAUAC